AUGAAAGGUCCGAUAGGUAGGCAUUUAACGCCAUUGAGGGCUUCUAAGAUGACUAUUGAGACCAAGAGAAAGUUCGUAACUAUCGAAGAUUUUUUUUCGAAAUCUAAGAAGCCCAACAGGGGCACUACUGAGCCCAAGAAAAUGGGGAACGCGUCUGAUGAUAAUACUACUGGAUCUUCCUCUUCACAGGAGCAAGCAGUGGCCAAGAAUAAAAGUAAAGAGGAGUUUCAGAAGACCUUAAGCUCAAUGCUUUCAGAUUUGUUGCUUUUGGAGAUCGAGAAUAUUGAAUUAUCGUGGUUUCAUCACUUGCAGAGUGAGUUCAAGAAACCUUAUUUCGUGAAAUUGAAGCAGUUUGUAAAGAAGGAACAAAAGGAGCAUACGGUUUUCCCGCCACCGGCUGACAUUUAUUCCUGGACGAGAUUGACACCUUUUGAUCGAGUUAGAGUGGUCAUUAUUGGUCAAGAUCCCUACCAUAACUAUAAUCAAGCACAUGGGUUGGCGUUUAGCGUUAAGCCACCAACGCCGACACCACCAUCACUGAAGAACAUAUACAAGGAAUUGCAAACCAAUUAUAAAGACUUCAAAAUCGAUAACGGCGUUGGAGACUUAACGCCUUGGGCUCUGCAAGGUGUUCUGUUGUUAAAUACGGCGCUAACCGUUAGGGCACAUAAUGCCAAUUCACACUCGAAGCAAGGCUGGGAAACUUUUACUAAAAGAGCCAUUGAGGCAUUGAUCAAAGAUAGAGAAGGACAAGACAAAAGUUUGAUUUUCUUGCUUUGGGGUAGUUAUGCCCAAAAAUCGGUAGAUUCAUUAUUGGACCCAUCAACUUUGAGACGUCAUCCCAAUAUUAAAGUUUUCAAAUCGGUUCACCCAUCACCAUUAAGUGCUCAGAGGGGAUUCUUCGGUAACAACCAUUUCAGACAGAUUAACGAUUGGUUAUAUCAUGAGAGAGGUGAAAAGAUGAUCGAUUGGAGCGUCGUUAAAGGUUCACAAUUGAAAGAAGUGGUUGAAGCUAAUGAAAAAUUGGAAUCAAAUGUGUAA